AUUCGCGUUCAGAAGCUGUGGGAGAAAGUAUGGAAGGCAAGCGAAAUCGCAGACCGCGAGAGACAGAAGGUCGCUGAGAAUAAGGACCGCGCUGCCCGACUUGAAGAAUUGCUCACAACUGCUGAGAGAUUCGGUAACGCUGUCUUCGAAUCAAAGGAGAUGCAAAACCUGCCGACUACAACUCCCUCCAACAAGGGGAUUGGAAGUGGAAAUGAUCUUGCGCAGCAUAGUACCAAGAACCAUCAAGAUCAAUUGACGAUGAUUCCGACUUUACUCUUGCGUGGUCAUCUACGGCCUUACCAACACGUGGGCAUGCAUUGGUUGGCAAGAUUGUAUGUUACGGCCUGGACGACGGUUGGCACCUACACCAUUACUUAAAUUUUUUUCACUUAUAAGUCAGAAUGCUGAAGUUACUGUUGGCAUCGAAUUAUACGACACUUAUUAUAAGUCAAAAUGCUGAAGUUACUGCUGGCAUCGAAUUAUACGACACUUAUUAUAAGUCAAAAUGCCGAAGGUACUCCUGUUGGCAUCGAAUUAAUAUACGGUAAAAAAGAUUGCGAAUAAUUUUGAAAAAAUGCACACUCACACUCACUGCUCUCACACAUGACUAAAAAAAUAAGUUUCAUCCAGUAUACAGUGAUGAGUUCGACCUCUAACGCCCACAGUGGAGUAAACGGUAUCCUGGCAGACGAAAUGGGGCUUGGGAAGACGGUCCAGACAAUCGCAGUAUUUUGCCACUUAGCCGCAGAACGCGGGAUCUGGGGCCCACACCUGGUCGUUGUUCCAACAGCAGUGUUGCACAAUUGGGAAGCAGAAUUACGCCGUUGGGCACCGGGAUUGAAGACUUUGGUUUACUUACGGCCACUUACUUAUAGUAUACUAGAACAGUUUAUAAGGUUUCCCAUCAACAUCGCUGGGCUGGGCACGCUGGAGCAACGUAAUAGUGUUGAACCUUUAAGUGUUGUUAAAAUACAUAGCAUGAUCAUGAUGAAGGAGCUCCCCAUGUUCAUUGCUAGAAAUGAGAAAAAUAACUCGGUACUAAAAUAGAGCCACAGGAACUUCUUCAACGUGGUCAUAUGGCUGAUGUACUACAAAUUUUUAAUGUAGUGCUCUAAUCCACUCCGGCUCCCCAGAUGAGCGACGUCGCUUGCGUGACCGAUGGACUACGGAGGAUGCUUUCCAUGUCUGCGUCGUCAGCUACAACGUCGUCUGCCUAGACAUCGCGCAUUUUCGGAGAUUGCAGUGGGAAUUCCUCGUCUUAGAUGAGGCGCAUGUCAUCCGCAAUUACAAGAGUCAAAAGUGGACUUUAUUGUUGCCUCUGGUCGCGCAAGCCCGUCUGCUGCUCACUGGCACGCCUUUGCAGAACGACCUGUUGGAAUUGUGGGCCUUUCUGCACUUUCUGAUGCCUCACGUUUUUGUCAGUAUCUCCGAUUUCCGCGAAUGGUUCAACGACCCACUUGUAAAUUACGUCGAAUCGGCCGCGAAGCGUGAAGAAGCGGAGUCGGGUGAAAGAUUGGACGUCGGCUCUUUUUUAACCAGGACCAAAGGCAAGGUGGGGGCGGAAUCGAAUCCUUUGGUUGCUCGGUUGCACAGAGUUCUACGUCCUUUUAUCCUGAGAAGACUGAAGAAAGACGUAGAAAAGGAGCUACCGCGAAAGUUGGAGCACGUAGUUCCUUGUCCUCUCUCGCGCCGCCAGCAAUUCUUGUAUGACGAGUUUAUGAGUCGCAGAACAGUCCAACAAAAAUUGAUGCAAGAAAAGAAGGGCAGUACUGGAGCAGGGGCUUCUACGUCAACAGGAGGAGCUAGCACCUCUGGAUCAGGACCAGGAGGCAAGCGCGACUAUCUGGGCCGUAUGCACAUCUUAAUGCAGCUCCGCAAAGUUUGCAAUCAUCCGGACCUGUUCGAAGCACGCAAGCCCAAACUUCCUUUCGCCAUGCGUGAGGUCAUCAGGAUGGUGGUUCCAAAGUGCCUAGCGAUGGGGUUUACAACACAAGAAGACGCCUAUAUGAGUGCUCAGUCUGAGUCGUGGGCACGCGGUUCCGAAGAAUUUGGCUGUGCUCUUUUUUCAACUACCUCAUCGAGAUGGACGGAUAUGGAGAGGAGCUAUGAGGGUAGGAAUACAUCAGAUACUAGGGAUUUAUUGGAGUUGGAGUACAAGUGUAACAAGGUAAUAUCUGCGUCAGCAUCUGCAGCAGAAGCAAUACAAGAGGAGGACUCUAGAAGUACUACAAGUAGUACAAAAAUCCCGGAAACCUUUCGUUGGCGUCAGAAACAUUCGUCCUUCCUGGAUAUAGGACGUCUUUGCAGUGAAGAUCUGAGAGAGCAAGCCCGUUGUCAGCUCUACAGACACGCUCCGGUUGUCGUCUGUGGUCGUGGAGGUGCCCUACUUCGUGGACGCAAAGGAGAAGAACUUGGUGGCGACUCCCACCAAAACCUUCAAGAUCAUGGGUCAGGUUGCUAUCUCAUCCCACCAUCUCUGCUGCGUUUCACUCAAUCUGCACCAAACUUGAGACCAGCGUGUGUGAUAGAUGGAGGAGCCAGACACCACUCGCGCUGUCCUGCUCCUUUACAGCGGUUAGCGACUCUAUCGUCGCUGUGGCUUACCUCGCCACCCCCAUCCUUGAGGUCUUCAUCACUACAGGAUCACUCUACUUCGUCCUCGACAAGAAGUUGUACAAAUAUUAGACAAGACCAAGGACAAAUGGUCCGCUUCGUCUACAAAGACCUCCAGCUCGCGCAAGCGGAACCAGUGAAAAACCAGGACAAUGAUAUAGUCGACAUCAGCGACCCUGAUUCCCAGAAGCUCUUUCAAACGCUGGCGAGGCGUAAUCGUGCUACAGACUGUUGCUUUGGGACUGAUACGAGGAAGAGGAUUGCGUUUAUUAUGGCUACAGUAGAAAAUGGAGCCGGAAAGUCCAUCAUAAAUUCAUUCUUACUGUUACUUCUUUACUUGUUGAACUAAAUAAACGUUCAAGUUCUGAUGUUAAUGCGUAUCGUCCUGCAUGAAAAAACACUCUCGCUUCACCUUCUAAGUCAUACGAAGACACGAUUGCAGCGGUGCUGAUUCGCAGAGGGUUUGGAUUUUACAAUGUGCCCAAGCUUUGGAAAGGCCAAGUCAUUAUGCCAACCACUAGACGGCGAAGCUCAACGUCAGCGAAGAUUGGACCUAGGUCUAUGAUAAGUAAUGGUACAUCAAAUGCAGGUGGUGCAAGUAGACCAAGUGUUGGGAAAAAUGUAGGCAGUGUUCGAGAUCAUGGCACAGGAAACCCCAGAGGGUUUCUUGUCAACAACAGUCGCAAGCAGAGGGUUUCUUGUCAACAAGCACCAUCUACUCAACGAUCGUCUACUUCAGGAGCUGAGAUCAACAUGGAGAAGCCAGAGGCAGUCGUGAACAAACGUCCACGUACGAAGAAGGCAGCAGGGCCACCACGGAUACUUCAUGGACCGAAGGCAGCGAAUGCGGCUGUGUUUGCUUCAGUAUUUGAGGUCGUGAAAAAAACUAAAGCUGUCGAGGACGUCGACGGAACGAGUGGUGCUGUUCGUAAAAGGCCCAGUGUAGGAGUGCCUGGCGAAAAAGAGUCGAACGGUGGGCGCUCUGGACCUCCUCCACCGCCAGCAACUUCUAGUACGAAGACCACGAAUGGGCAUGUCUUAGUACCGGUUGCGUCGACAACCACGACGUCGGGAGGCGCAGGUAGGAGCACGACUAUACCUAAGGCCAACCCCAAUCGUAAUGCAGUAGAUGAUGUUGAUGAAGUAGAAGUCCUCGAAGGAUCACGACCACGCACGCGCACUACAGAUGGUCCUUCCCGAACCACGAAGACACCAAAGAUUUGCGGACAGCCAGCCACUUUAACUGCAUGGCAUCGCAUGACCAAUCAUGAUAGGAUGCCGAGCAGCCUCCCACCUUCCUACCUAGACCGACGUGACGCUUUUUUCUGCAAUGUAGUGCCAGCUUGUUUAGAAACCCUACUAACAAGUUGCUACGUCCCUAAGGUAAUCGUCCCUUCAGCACGCUUUGAGAGCUUGCCUGGAGGAUGUUCGAGUACUGGUAGUUUCUCCACUGGCGCCGACCCACUCGUCAUCACCGCAUCAGACGAAGACAUGGCCGCAAAUGAGUCGUCCACCAUCGUGCAAAGCAAAGGCGGUUUCCGGAUCGCAAGAGACGCAGGGAACGCCUACGCAGGCUUAUACGUGAACGAUCGGAGAUUUCGUUCGCUAUUUUCUGAAAUGACAAGUCGUAGGUAUACUUUGACGAGCACGAACAACAGCUUCUCAAGUAGUGGUGGCAGUGGUAGUGGUGCGACCACUUCUGGCGGAGACCUGUCUGAUCAAGCAGAGAGUAUAGUAGCAGACCGUCUCCACCUAGCGAGAUUGAUGCAGCCACCGGAACGUGAACAGGUUCAACGGCUACACACCAUGUUCUGCGCGAAAAUGGCGGGUCCCCAAGAAUUGGUUCUGACGUGUGGAAGGAUAGUUAGGCAAUUUGAAUCCGGAUCGGGUUCUCGAUCUGAAAGAAGCUGCACGAGCAGCACCACAGGUAUGCUUAGCAAGGCGAGAAAGAAACUCCCUUACAGAGGGCUCCAGGUCGCAACGGUUCGUAUGCCACCUAACGCGAAAGAUGACGAAUCUGGAAGGCUGGCAGGGACUGUUGAGGCUCUGACGGAGAAACCCUCCGUGUCUAAAGCAAUUAGAGACAUGUCUCCCACGUCUCGUGCCAAGGCUGAGCAGGCCUUUAUCUUUACACUGGGUGGAGGAGGUCCUCGUGCUGGUCGAGGUUGGGUUGGGUCGUCAUCAUCUAGAGUUGAAAAACAGUCAAUGCUGAGCAACGCAGAAGGCACUGAUAGAGGCAGAAGAUCAGCAUUUGCUUUCCAUGUUGAUAAAACAGUCACGCAUGGGGAUGGGAGCAGUAAGACUACAUCACCAGAACUGAAAAGUUCCAUAACCUCAGUCCUUUCUCCUGGAUACCUCUGUCCCUUAUCCUUAACGCGAACCCCUGGCUUGCCAUCUACGAUGAGGAUGGCCGAUUCUAGGAGUUUGAUUCUAGACUGUGGCAAACUGCAGGUUCUGUCCAGACUAUUGCGACAGUGCGCCGAGAAGCGCUUCCGAGUGCUGCUUUUCACCCAAUUUUCCAAGAUGUUGGACUUGUUGGAGCAGUUCCUGAGCAGCGGCUGCAUGUCCUACUUGCGACUAGACGGCGCAACGGUAGGUUUGCAACGGCACAAGCUUGUGGACCGAUUCAACGAAGACGAGAACAUCUUCCUCAUGCUCGCAUCCACAAGGGCGGGGGGAGUCGGGAUAAACCUCACUGGCGCAAACGUGGUUAUCUUCUACGACAGUGAUUGGAAUCCUGCGGUGGAUCGACAGGCCAUGGAUCGCGUACAUAGAAUUGGGCAAACCAAAGACGUGCACGUCUUUCGUCUAUUGUCGAGUUACACUGUAGAGGAAAAUAUUUGGAGGAAACAGGUGGUGAAGCGGAAGCUGGACGAUAUGGUGAUUGACGAAGGAGAGUUCCAGCACCUUGCGAAACGUAGACGGCGGGGAG